GUGUUUCUAAGUGACCAGAGCACUUUAAAAUGAUGUAAAGUACAGUCACAAACUGAUUAUAAGAUAAUUACAAAUAAGUUCUCUGGGAUUAUAGAAUACUUUAACUUGUUAUGUUUGCACGACCCAGGUAACAUGAGCAAUGCCCCCACCACGUGAAUUUGGGCGGCAAAGUUGUCACGUUUUACACAGUACAAAUGACAAGAAUUCACCGCCUGACCAUCAUUUUUUGUUCUUGCUUGCAUCGACAACCGGAAGGCUACAAAGAUGACACUACCUCUAAGACUAACUGUUCUGACAGAAAUUCAAAAAGUAUGCAAUGUUGUCGGAGGCAUUGAUACACACCAGUUGCACUUAAUAAAUGGGGCAAAAGAUGGUUUGAUGAGGUUGAUUGAACCCGAUGCGAAAAUAAUCGUUAUAGAAAUGGACUUUUCGAUGACACGGCCUCCUCAAUUGAGGGUAUGGGGUGAAACAGUGAAGGCGAUUACCAACAUCUUAGACGCGACACCUAGGGGAGAAAAGUUCCAUUAUAGAGUUGAGGGUGUCACUCUAAGAGAGGGUCCGCGAGGAACACCCGGGUCUGACAAUGAAUAGAGGCCAGUCGGGUCUUCAUGUAGCAAAUGGAUUUGGGUGUGAUACAGAUGACAUCAUCACGUAUGACGAGUUGCGGUUUACUCUAAUACCGCACAGCUAUGAAGAACCACCUGAGCAAUUUGUUGAACCUGUGUUUACUGCCUUAAAACGGGCAUUCGCAGUUGCUGAUCAAGACGUUGGUAUAUACCUUCAGUAUACGUUGAUGCACUACCAA